AUGUCCCAAAACGCCAUGGAAGAACGUUCUGCCAGGCAACGGAAGAUGAAUGUCUCAGAGGAGAGGGAAGAAUCGCCAGAGAAUGUCCCACAAGCCCCCGAACAAUCACUCGGCCCCUACGAUUACCUCCGUCCACCGUUUGAGGGGGACUGGUCCGAGGAUCUGUACCCACCGGCUCCCAUUGUCACAGCAGUUCCAGAACAACGAGAAGAGGAAGGCGAGGAGGUGUUAUACUUUGCCUAUGGCAAAGAUAUGGACCCCGCCCUGCUCUCUGAUUCGACAUGUGUGGCUGUUGGCAAGCUUUCAAUGUACAACUGGGUCAUAGAACAAUCGAAACGCUUCCCAAUGAUCAUCCCGUCUGAGAGAGACCAUGUCUAUGGGUUGGUUUAUCGAUUGUCCCAGGGCUGUUUCGCCAUUCAGUACGCAAAGGCUAAGAAACGGGGCCUGAAGAUGCAGGAGGUUGAGGUGGAACUUUACGAAAAGUCUGGAAUGCCUGGUUUCUGGAACGCUCCUCUUAUUCCGCUUGGAGAAUGUAAUAUACAGGUCAUGGUAGGCACUAUGAACAAUGCAGAGAAGUCUGGGGAGGGUGAAGCAAAAGAGGGAACGUUAGAAGGCAGCAAGAAGCGGAAGAUUUUGGGCGGCUUAUUGUGGGGCGCUUCAGAAGGUUUGCCGGAACAUUGGAAGGCAGAGCUUAAAGGAAAGCUGGGUGGAAUUAAGGGGCCAGAGGAUAUGGGAUAUUGGUCUGCGGGAGGAAAUUUGGAAAGGGGUAUGCGUAAGCGCAAACAGAGAGAAGAAUAUGGGCCUAAGGAAGCAGAAGUGAGGCGCAGCAAGAGGCUCAAGAGAAAGGAUACUGGCAAAAAGCGCGUUACUUUUGCCCCUGAGUCGGACAAUUAG